UGGGUGUGGCUAUAAAGAUGGUGGUGCAGCAACAAUAAAAACUCUCCUUUUAUUCUUCUUCAGUCUUCUCUCAAACAUUAUCAUCACCCCUAAAACACGCACCAAAACACACACAAUUCAGACAAGAAAGAAUGGGGAACUGCCAAGCUGUUGAUAAUGCAACCCUAGUUAUCCAACACCCAAACGGCAGAGUUGAUAAGCAUUUUUUCCCCGUCUCCGCCGCCGAAAUCAUGAAGCUCAACCCCGGCCACUACGUCGCCCUCCUCCUCACCACCACCCUCUACUCCUCCAAAGAAGCCCCCAACAACAACACCCCUCUUCGUGUCACUCGCAUCAAACUUCUUAGGCAUACCGAUUCUCUCCUUCUUGGCCAUGUUUACCGCCUUGUCACCUCCCAAGAGGUGAUGAAGGGAUUAUGGGCAAAAAAGCAAGCCAAGAUGCACCAGAAAAAUGGAAACGCUACAGAAAAAAAUAUUUCAGAUUGUGAUGCUUUGGGAAGGAAAAAAGAUGAUGUGAAGAAGAAUACUAGUACUAAUAAUCAGGAAAGGCACAGGUCGAGAAGUAACACACAAGUUAACUCUGUCGCAUCCAAAUCCAGAGCAUGGCAACCAGCACUAAUGAGCAUCUCUGAGGCUGGAAGAUGAUUCUUCUUUUAUUUUAUUUUAUUUAGUUAUUUAUCUUUCUGAGCAUGUAUUAAUUAGAUCGAGAUUUCUGCAAAGUACUUAGUAUAGAAAAAAAAAUUGUGAAAAGGGCAUCUCAAUCUGAAAAAUCAGAGAUCCAGAUGAGAACAUGUUCAAAAUUGCACAUUGUUAUUAGCUAGUUUUAUCUAAUUAUAGACCUCUCAUUCUCUCUGGCA